UGGGUUGCGUUUGCUUUCCGCGUCAGUUUCGAGGUUUCGAGGUUCGAGCUAAAACUUUGUGCACGGAGCAAAUUAAAAAGAAUAAAAUAAAAAAAUAAAAUAAUAACAGGCAUAAGUAGCUAAAAGAAAAGCGACGACAACAACAAAAGCUGAUGAAUACGUGCGUUCGUGUGGGUGCCGUGCAUUCUGCGUACACAUUUACAAGCAUUCGUACGCUUAAAUUAAAUACUUUGGCUUAAUUAAAUACUUCCGCGGCGUCGUUGUUGUAGUUGUUGAUAUUUUGCCUCUUCACGCGUUGUCUACGGUUAUCGAUUGUCGUCGUCUCGCUCCCUCGUACGCAUACGCAUCGAGUUGUUGUUUGUUUGUUGUUUGUGUCUGUCCUCGCGUUUUGUUUGUGUACUGACAAAAUAACAACAAAAUAAAAGCCGAAAGACUGUGCAUAAGCAUAAAUAAUAAACAACGAGACAAGUGCAAAAAGCGCAGCGAAAAGGCCAGCUGGUAAAUCCAACUCAAAGGAAACAACAUCCAGAGGAACCCGGAAAAUUUAUCACUCCAAUCACAAGUGCAAUAAAAAGUUGAAAGUGUUUUACGCAGCGCCCAAGAAGGAAGUUGAAGCGAGGCGAAUAGUAAAUAAAUGAGAAGAGCCCACAACAGCUACACCAUCAUAUAAACAACAACCCAAACAUCCCACAUUCAACACCAAUUACAAAGUAAACAUUUACAACUCAUUUCUCGCCCAGGAGAUUCGAGUGUGAUCCACAGAAAAGAAAAAUCGCGCGCGCGUUUUUUAAAAUCGAUCUACGCGCGGCUUCGUCGCACGUCACUUGAAUAUAUCUUUCGCGCAACCAUUGGGCUUAGGCCUCAAAAAUCCGCCAAAAUUCUACACCAACAAACUUUAAUCAGCCCCGAGAUUUCGCUCCAGUUCGCAACGGCGACCACAAUGCCCUACAACGGCGCUAGUAAUGGCAGUGGCGCCAGUGGCGCCGGCGGAGGAGGGGCCACCAUAGUCGUCACCGAGGGGCCGCAAAACAAAAAGAUCCGCACCGGAGUCCAGCAGCCCGGGGAGAACGAUGUGCACAUGCAUGCUAGGUCCACACCACAACAGAACCAGCAGCAAGCACUUAUGAACAAGUCAAAUGACGACCUACGGAGAAAGCGUCCCGAGACUACACGGCCAAAUCACAUUCUUCUCUUCACCAUCAUAAAUCCCUUCUAUCCCAUCACAGUUGAUGUCUUGCACAAAAUCUGUCAUCCACAUGGCCCAGUGCUGCGCAUUGUCAUAUUCAAAAAGAAUGGGGUCCAGGCCAUGGUCGAGUUCGAUAAUCUGGAUGCGGCCACUAGGGCUCGCGAGAAUCUGAAUGGAGCCGACAUUUAUGCCGGAUGCUGCACUCUGAAAAUCGAUUAUGCCAAGCCGGAGAAAUUGAACGUGUACAAGAAUGAGCCCGAUACCAGCUGGGACUAUACGCUGAGCACAGUUAAGGAGAUUGGAAAUGGCCGCUCGCCAUUACUGCAGGAGCCUCUAUACGUAGCAACACUGCCGACACCACAACAACAUGUUCCCCAUCAACACCACCUCCGCCAACAACAACAACAUCAACUAGCACCACAACAACAACCACAUCCACAACACCUUCACCACCACCAACAACUAGUUGCCCCAGCUCAAUCGCACAAUCUUUAUCAAUUUAAAGAGCCACCGCUAUUGGGACCCGGAGCCGCUUUCCCACCAUUCGGUGCCCCCGAAUAUCACACCACCACACCGGAGAACUGGAAGGGGGCCGCCAUCCAUCCCACUGGCCUGAUGAAGGAGCCCGCCGGUGUUGUGCCCGGACGCAAUGCUCCGGUGGCCUUCACACCGCAAGGACAGGCUCAGGGCGCCGUCAUGAUGGUCUACGGCCUGGACCACGACACUUCCAACACGGAUAAGCUCUUCAAUUUGGUUUGCCUGUACGGCAACGUGGCACGGAUCAAGUUCUUGAAGACCAAAGAGGGCACCGCCAUGGUGCAAAUGGGCGACGCUGUGGCCGUUGAGCGUUGCGUGCAGCACUUGAACAACAUUCCCGUGGGCACUGGUGGCAAGAUACAGAUCGCUUUCUCCAAGCAGAACUUCCUAUCCGAGGUGAUCAACCCGUUCUUGCUGCCCGAUCAUUCGCCCAGCUUCAAGGAGUACACCGGCUCCAAGAACAAUCGUUUCCUAUCGCCGGCCCAGGCUAGCAAGAAUCGCAUUCAACCACCGAGCAAGAUUUUGCACUUUUUCAACACACCGCCCGGCUUGACCGAGGACCAACUGAUUGGAAUCUUCAACAUCAAGGAUGUGCCCGCCACAUCGGUGCGCCUGUUCCCCUUGAAGACCGAGCGCUCAUCGUCCGGACUGAUCGAAUUUUCCAAUAUCUCGCAGGCAGUACUGGCUAUCAUGAAGUGCAACCAUCUGCCUAUUGAGGGUAAAGGCACCAAGUUCCCAUUCAUCAUGAAGCUGUGCUUUUCCUCAUCCAAGAGCAUGAACGGCGCCUGGAACAAUGCGGCCAGCGAGGGCAUGAUCGAGAAGGAGAACGAGGUGGAUACCAAGGUGGACAUCUACAAUUGAGAUUUGAUUACGAUUGUGUAAGCAAGCAAACAACAACCGGCUUAACUAGAACACAAUACAGAACAACACUGUGGAUAUUGGUCGCAAACAACAUGCAAAAGACAACAGCAACAGGAACAUCAGCAACAAAUGCGCCACAAACUGCACCAAUAGCUGAAACUUCAACUACAGAUCGAUCCACCAACUUGAUGGCUUACACAUUCGACAUGAAAUGCGGGAAUUUCAAACAAACUGAUUGCUAAAUCAACUAAAGAAACCAACAAACAUGAAAUGAUAAAUGAAAAACAUUCAAGAAAAAGGAAUUACAAUUAGGCGCAAACGCAUGUAAUUUUUAUACGAGCCAUUUGCAUAGAUUUACUGAAUUCCACCAUAUAUCAAUUCAGCUAAUUAGUAUGACAGCCUAUGUACGAUAUGGCCUCGUUUAAAAGCCACACCAAAUUAAAACACACUUGAUGCACAUUACAUUACAUUACAUUGAAUUACAUGCGUUUGCGUUGCAACAAGAAAACAAACAAAAUAAUACAAAAAACUAAUUGUUAUUAUUGUUACAAUGAAGCAUUAGGACUUUCUCACACAACAGCAAAACAAAAAAUGGAAACACUCCAACCAAUUGUAAACUAUGUAUUGUUUAAUUGAUAAAAAACGACAAACUAAACCAAAAAUAAAUAAUUGUAAUUCAAAACUCAAAAGCAUGUGAAAAUAACUCCAAAUUCCCCCUUCCUUCACCCCACCCGCUCUUUCCACUAAAAUGCACUUUGACCCUUGACCCAACUUCCCAUACCCCAAACCCACGGCAGACUUCUGUAUAGGUAAUGUAAUAUGAUUUUCAUUUCGAUACGAAUAUAUUAUUAGUGCAACAAAAGGAAACAUUUCUUUGGACAAUAUUUCGACAAGUAUUCGGGCGUGAGAAAAAGUCUUAACAAAAAUAUUUAUUGAAAAAGGAAUAUUUGUGUAAAUUAAAACCAAAAAUUUAGCAAUUUUAAAUAAAAUUUAUUAGUUUUAGUUAUGCAAAAUCGAGCACUGCAGCACGUUUAUGGCAGUUGAUUUAACAGUUUUUUAUUUUAACGAAUUUAAAACGAGCAGAGGAAUGAAUUAAAAACUUGCACAAGCCAAUGUUUUUACUAUUAACAAAACAAGAAAAAGACAAGAUGGUAACAUAAUUUUUGUGCUUAAUUUACAAAGUUGAAAAAGGCAUAAAUUUAUAUGUAUGAGAUGUAUUUGUAUUUAUAUUAAAAUUAAUUUUAAUUUACACUAAAUGUAAAAAGGAAUAUAACUAAAACAAAACAAAAUAUUAAAAAAAUAACAAGCUAAGAUAAAAGAUGAAAACCUACAAUAUAAUUUAGUUAAGUGCAAAUCGAAAAGAGCAUCUAGCUUAGUUAAGAAAUAGCAUCGUUCAGACAUGCAGACAGAAAACAUACAACAAAACAACAUAUUUUUGAGGCGUUUUAAAAUUGGAAGACAGAGCCAAACAUUUCAAAACUCCAAGUGAAGUUAGCAAAGCAAAGCUACUACUAAAGAUGGGUGAGGGCGUAUUGCAAAUGCGAAUAAAAGUAGACGAAAACAAAAGAAUUAAAGAUAUCAGCAAUAAAGCAACAGCAACAACACCAUAUCAAAGGCGUAUGUUAGAUUACCUAUAAUAUAAACAUAAAUCGGGAUGAAAGAUGCAAGAUAAUAAUGUAACACCAUAAUAUCUAUGAGUUCACUUGAGUUGUAUCGUGUUUUAUUUUUAAGCUCAAUCUGUCGGCAGCUCGAGACCCAAAGAGAUCCGAGCUCGAAACUGCCCGCCAGAGGGCGUUGUUCUACACUACAUUUGUUUUUAAUGCAAAUCAACGAAUACACAAUACAUAAUGCUAGGGCCGCUAAACGAAUUUUCUUCACACUUUGCGAAGUUCACAGCUCGACGAGAUUGUUGGGACUUCGCGUAGAUCAUUUCAUUCAUUUAACUAUCGGUAAUACUAUGUGCAAUUUGGGCUUUAAUCGAGACUUCGCUUGUUCUAUUUAAUUUAUUGCAAUUUUCUCAUUUCGCUCACUAGUUUGUGUAAUUAUUUCAAGUGUCUUAGUUAUUAUGUAAAUUGUUUUGUAAUCCUUAAUUGUAAAAUAUUUUUCUAAAAGUUAAGUAUUAUUGUACUUAAUUUGUAUAAUUAACAUGAUUUAAUGACAAACGAGACGUAAUUAUAAAGAUGAAAAUAAUCUCGUUACAAAUUUAUUGAUAAAUAAUAAUUUUUAAGAACGUAAAGCAACAACGAUCUUAAAGCUCCUAAUUAGAUCAUAAUCAGAUCAAUAAACAAACUACUAUAAUACAAUAAUAUAUAAUAUAACAUAAAUAACAAACUCGGUAGCUAUUUAAUUUACGAAAAUACAAAUUGUAAUCUGAAUUUUAUAUUGUUAAUAGUUUUAUUUGACAUUGAACACAAUUUAUUUUGUGUUUAUUUUUCGUAUGUUUAAUUUUGUAUGAGUAAAAAUAGAAACAAAUAAAUAUAUUUAUAUAUUUAGCUGGUGAAAUCGUUUGGUACUUGCCUAAAAGGAGGCACAGCAAUGUCAGUUAAAUAUAUAAAAUCAUAAAUAUAUUUAUGCGUGUAUUUAUAUGAUUUGUUUUAUUUAAUAUUUAAAUUUUGUUGUUAUUUUUUAAAAGCGUAUAUUUUAAGCCCAGAGUUUGUAACAUGCGCGCUCAUAUUUUGAUAUAAAUAUAUAUAUAUGUAAAAGAAUCUGGCAGUGUAUUUUUAUUUUAUCACCAUCAGCUUUUUGUAUGUUCUAAUAGGAAUUGAAACAUGACAAAUAAUUUGCUUUUAAACUAUAGAAAACUCGCAAAGCAUUUAAAGCAAAGUAUAGUUAAAUAGCAUCCUUCAACGCACAUCCUUUUCACUUCUUAUUUUCGGGCAAUGAGAACAGCGACUAUGGAGAAAUAAACCUAAACUAAAUUAUAUGCCAAAUAAUCUCUAGUGUUAUCCUGAAUUUUGAACAUAUCAAAAUUUUGAAGCAUUCAAAUUUAAGGCCCUAAGUUUUGAAAUUAUACAAUUUAGGCAUUACUAAUGUAAAUGUAAAAAAGAAAUAUUAAAACCCGGAGCACUUUUCAAUAAGCAGCAAAACUGCGAACAGACAUAAUCCUUACAACCCUCUACGAAAACGCCAAUAAGAAUUGUAUGUAAGCAUAUAGAACAAACAAAGAUGAAAAAUCGAAAAAUAUAUAUUUAAGGUAUAAUUUAUAAGAAGUAAUUACUUUAAAGUAUUAUUUGAGAACACAAUUUUAAAAAAUUUGAAAACUAGGACAAUUUUUUUAUGUUUUUGCGCUUACGUUCCCAAAACUAAAUUUAGCAAGAAACUAAUCUCCUAGUAGCAAUUAUUUAAAUAUAAUUUAAAAGCAUUCGAAAUUAAAUAAAAGAAAAUUAGUCAAAUUUCGUUACAAAAUUUUGUUGAAUUGAAACAAGAUCAUUUAAAGGUUGUCAACGACAAGAACUUGUUAUGAAGGCCUUCCCAAACCGCUGGCUUUUGCUAAUUGCAUGUCAUUUUGUGUAGCGAUUUCUUUAUUAUGAGUUCAUUUAAAUUACGUUUGCAAUUGCCUCGUAGUUUUCAACUCCAGAAAAGAAUAAUGCUCAUGGGGUAAAAGGUAGGUGCUGUUUUUAAAGUAACAACUCACAAUUUUCUUGAACUUGUCCACCCAAACAAACAUUGGUUCGUUCGGAGUGCCAUUUUCCCAUUGGCAAGUCCAUAUAUUUUGAGUGUAUUUUCAAUGAAUUGAGUUUAGUUCGUUAGUCAAUUCGCCUAAUGACACCAACUACACAAAUGGACCAGUUUAUUCAAUACUGAAUUGACAACCACCAAGAAUCAAAUCAAAACAAAAUGAAAUUAUUAAAAUUUGUGAAACCGUCCAAUUAUGAAACAGCAACACUGACACCACACACGAGUUGAAAACUGGGUACAUUACUACUUUAAAGUGGGAGAAACAGCGGAGCAAUGCUCUCCAGUUUCUGAAGUGUCUUUCACUGAGCUUUAGCCUUAUAUUGCAAACUUUUUGAAGCAAGGAUUUUUAGCGACACCAGCGAGUUUCCGUCUUCGGUUUGCGCUUUUCGACCUAUUUUACUUCCGUGCCGCUUGAACACGCUUACCAGUUACGAGCCGCAUUCAGAUUGCUAAACAUCUACGAUCCUGUGAGAGCUUUUGUUUGCUACUAUCGUUUUCUGUUUUUUAGUUGGAUACCCCGAGAGGCAAAUGAGAAACACUAAACAAAACAAGAACUUUGUACACCGAAACGAAUUCAUAAUAAUCUAGAAUGCAUGUGCAUAAUGAGAACAAAGGAAGAAAUAACUAAAGGAUAAAGAAACCUAUGAAAAGAAAUGAAUAAAAGAUGAAUAACUAAAACUAUAUUCUUAUAGGCUUAUAGUUUAUACUUACAUACACACAUACAAAUACUUAUAUACAUAAAUAUUUAUAUAUAAAUAUAUAUAUAUAUCAGAGAUCAUAACAUACAUAGUAAUACGACACUACAUCCACAUAUAUACAUUCAAAUAUAGUUUUUAAUAAGUGAGGAGGUAGCGCGAGUCAAUUUUAAAAGCAAGAAAAUCUUAAACCAUGCAAAUCUUAAGCAAGAAGCGCAAAUAUUAACAAAGAAGUUACUUUGGCGUUAUUAGUAAUGCAAUUACAUGUAUGAGAAGCGAAUACUUACAUAAUUACACCACAAAUUACACCCACUACACAACAGACACAGACAAACAACCAGGAGACACAGACAUAGACAGACAAAGGACGAAGGAAUGUUUUUAGGGGCAAACGGACAACUGCAUAGUGUAGUCGUAUGCGUAAUUACUGGUGAUAAUUUUGAAAAAAAAACUAAUACAAAUCAAAUAAUAUGAGUAAUUUUAACAUAAGCAAAUGCUAGCACGUUUGAAUUUCCAAUAGAUGUCUAUUAUGUAUUAGAAACCUAUAUAAAUAUAUAUUGACGAUUCCUUAUUGAACACACCACACAACCACACACACAUACCUUAAUGUCUUAGUGUGCAAGUAUGUAAAAAAAAAAACCAAAACAACAUGUAAGCCACAACGCAACGUAAACGAAAUUGCAAGAAACGAAAUUCGAUUCGAAAUCAUUUUCCCCACGAACGAGACGAGUAUUAGUGUGUUAGGCCUGGUAUUUAGCUGACAUUAUUUAGUUACCCGACAUGCAGCAUGAGUAAACCCAUACACACACACAUACCCAGAGGUCCGAUCAAGAACCUAUUCCUGGGAGCACCGCCGUCCGGCUGGGACCUAAAUAAUUUAUUAGCAAUUUAAAGCUCCCAGAUGCGAGCGGGUUGCCCUGCCCUCAGUAAUUGCAUACUUUCAGGCUGCAAUUAGUUGGUGUAUGUGUGCUGGUGCUUAGGCCUCUUGAAUGCGGUAUAUGCUCCGCAGGAGCAGCAGUUUAUCAGCACUCCGAUGUGGCAGCCAUGACGAUUCCAUUUAUAACAAUAACCAAACGGUUGUAAGCCAUCACAUACACACAAACAAACACACGUACAAUCGAGGACAGAUACACUACAGGAAACGCACACACACUCAAACCGCAGGGCAAUUGUGCAAUAUAAUUUGACUUGUGUUCGAUUAAAACACACACACAGACACAGGCCACCCACCACCCAUACCCUCAUCUAAUAAUAAUAGCUAUGUUAAUAUGCAAUUUAGUUAAAUUUUCGUUGAUCGGUUUAGUUUAGUUUAGUUUAGUUAGUUCAGUCUUUAAUUUAGGGUUUGCUGUGUGGCGGAAAUGGGUUCUGAAUUUGACACCACACACAUACACUUGUUAAACUAAUCCACCGAAUAAAUACAAUCUCAUUAACUAAAUUUAACAGUUAACGCAUGGACAAGCCAAUUUCGCCGUUUCCGCCUCUAGCUUCGAAUUUCUCAUUGCGUUCGGGCAGCGGGUUAACAAUUAUUUUACUCACCAAGGACGCGACUGUAUUGAACGCUGCGAGGUGUAGCAUACAUACAUAUGUGGAUGUGGAUGGCAGGACUGUAGGGAUAUCGAAAAUCGAAUACCAAAUAGGGACAAAUUUAAAUCGAACUUUCUAAGUGUUUAGUUGAAGAGUCGUUAGCCAUUCGUAAUAUGCUAAUAGGUGUAAUAAGCUAGUAAUGUGAAAACUGAGGACACACACUACUCUUGCAUACAUAACACGCAUACACACAUACAUAAUUAUAUACUAAGUACACGUAUGACAUACAUUAACACUCGUACAUAAACGCAUACAUAAUACUUACAUAUGUAUAAGCCUAUGGAAUGCAACAUAAUCACAGCAAAGUCCUUUUGAUAACCGAUUUUUGACUAUGUACGAACUAAUUUUUAAAAUAAUUCUGCGUCGCAUUUACACACAGGCACACAGACAUAAUCAGCCAUAACCAGACAUAUAUAUACAUAUAUACGUUUAUAUCUAUAUAUAUACACACAUCAAUCUUAUCAGGCGAGGCAAACGCAUUAACAAACCGCAAAAAAACGUAAAAAAUAUCAUGUACUGCACAGCAAAUUUGCGUAAACAGGAAAAACAGUCGAACCAAAUCACACAAACACACAGACACACACACACACAAGUAAUGGACACAAUGAACAAAUUAUUAGAAACUAUUCAAAACUACUAUUUAUUAAAUGUUGUUAGCAUCAGAAAACCGAGAAUAAGCAAAUUAUGAAAUCGCUGUAGUGCAAAUGCAAAAACUUAAGAACAAAGAAAAAUUGUAAAACCAUCAUUGAAACUUAUUUAUUUUUAAGCCAAACGUUGCGGCAAGCAAACACAGCGGAAAAUAACGAAAACCAAAAAUUUUUAAACAUUAACAGCCACUUCAACAAAUCCACAACAAAAACAAACAGUACAUAAAAUACAAAUUCUUUGAUCUUAAACCAGAAACCCAAAAACGAAAACGAAAAACAAAUAAAUGAAAAACUUAAACUUAUACACAAAAGAAACUCGAAUGAAAACUUUGUUUUAUUUAAGAACAAUUAGUCCCGCAGUAGUACAACUUCUACACGGAAAGAAAUAAGAUGUUUGUUAGGAUCAAUAAUUGCUGACAAAACUUCAGCUUCUUUUCGAAUACACAUUCACUAGAUUUUCGAACCUUAGUGAGUUUCGUGGCAUGAAGCUAUUCAAACUGAUCUCAUCAUCUUAUUUUUUUCCUGUGCAUCGAUUUCAACUCACCUUACUCACCUAUACUUUUGUCAUAUUUGCAGUUAGCAACAACAUUACAACAAGUACAGCUAGUACAGUUAGUGGAAACUACAACAACAACAAGCACCACCUCAGUCACCAAGCCCAACAAAAAACCAACAAACCAAAAAAAACCAAUCCAAUCAACAAGAACAAACAACAACAACUACUAAAAAUAACAAUAACCACCACCAUUACAAGUACAACAACAACAGCUACAACAAUAACAAUUAAGAUACGACAUUGAAUCGCGAAGCAUUUAAGAUCUUCCAUUUAAAUUGAUUUCGUUCCAUAAGAUAGUUUUGCUAAUUUGUUGGAUACACACUUAGUUAGCCACUUUUCAGUUGCUUGCUGCAUGUGGUAAGUAAUCUAACUAACUAGUUGAACUCACUAAGUAAUUCACACACAUUGAAGGUCGAGGUUAAAUGAAAGCCAAUUAUUUUAUUUAAAUACAGUUCAAAUAAUGAGUAAAUGUUUGUUAAGCAAAAUUGUUGAGUAAUUUAUUAGGAUAUUCUUUGAUUAAUGCUUUAUGCUUUUUAAUAUUUGUGUAAAAUAUACCAGUUAACAUUUUUUUUUUUCAGUUUUUCAAGCUAAAUCUCAUUUGACACAUUUCAGUGGAACUCUUUGUGGCCUGGUCUGAUUUAAAAUGUGGCAGGAAAAUCGCAGAAAAACAAUUAUCGCCCACUGAACUGUAAAAUAGAAUAAUCUGCGAAAUAACCUAAUUAACUGCAGCCCAUGGUAAAUUAAUUCAAUGCCUCGCAUAAACAAAAUAAACAAAGGCUGAUAGCGUGCAGAUAAAUGCGAGAUUCCACGAAAUAUUUAAACUUUAAAAUAAGUUUUACCCUCCUUUAAAUUCACUUCAAAAGCGAGCUCGCUUUAAACCAUUUUUAACCCAGUUGCUGGCACUUUUAAGACGUUUAAAAACUUGGCUUGUCUUCAUUUUUAAAACUGGUUAACUGGCAGCCGUGGGCCCGCUUUUCCAAUCAUUUUCCGCAUGACCGAUUUUGUGAAAUUGCAUUUAACAAUGUUUAAUUAAAAGAACUGACCGCCGGCUGGUAGCCAGUGUAAUCUAGGGACGAACUUUUAAAAUGCGACCCCUGCUGCAAGAUGAACAAAAUUGCUAGCCAGAAAGGGUCAAUCGGGUUGGGGGGGUGGCGGGGCAGGAGAAUCAUUUAUCAAACGACUUGGAUGGAGCCACAUAUCCUGGCUGGCCCCAAUUGACCCCCUUCAAUCUGAAACUAAAUGCCUGAGCCUUGUGUCUCUUCGAUUCUGUUUGUGUUUGCGACUCAAUAAAUUAUUUACUUAAGCCGAACACAUUAUGUAAAGCAGCGGCAGGAUUCACCAUUGGUCCGCUCUAAUCCUUUGUCUAUUAUUUCAUUUCCCAGCCCGGGCAGAAGAAAGUCGGGCCAGGAAAACCAAACGACUUACACAAAUAUUCCAUUUAAAAUGCAUUGCCUUUUUCCCUGGCCGAUGCCUUUGGCUUUGACUGGGGAUAAGGUUGUAAGCCAGGACUUGGACCAAUUGUUCUUUUUGCUCGGCCUGUUUUUGCAGCCUCUUAAUAGCAGAAGCGUGUAUUUAUCUAUGCCCUAUUUGCUCCCUUUGAGUGGAGGAGUUGAGACCGCAACAAUGGACCAAGUACAAAUGCAGCUGUUUCUUUAUUUAUCUACCGGGAUUAAUAUUAUUUCAGUCAUGUUUUUUGUGCCACUACUUUUUGUUGCCUUGCAGUUGGCGUUAAAUUGCAUGUCGCAUGUCCGCUGUGCUGUGGCCAUUGAUUGAUGGCAGUUGCUGGAACUCAGCAGCCAUGACAAACGCCAAAUUGUUUGUCUACCAAACCGAAAGGAAAAUAAAAUAGUUAAAAUAAAUAAAUUGCUCCCGAAAUUGCGUACAAAGUUGGCAGUUCGUGGAAGCUGGCUGAGUUAAAUCAAUUUGUUUGUGGCCUACACUUUGUAUUCGAAUUUUCACCGGGCUUCCAAAUUGCGUUUACUGCGGCUCCAUCGAUUACCAUUUGCCAUCGCUUCGUUUCAUUAAGGACACAUUUCUCCGGAAUAAACCUAAAGAGCUUAUCUACCACAAAACAUCUUCAGCAUUCAAAUUCACUCUUCACUGAGUCUUACAUUUUGAAAGGUAAAUGAAAAGGGACCAAACUUUAGUUGCCAUACUUUUUGAUUAACUUGAGUUUCGAUUUUAUUUCGCAACCACAUGACACAUAACCAAAUUUAACAUAUAGCCUUGAUAUAUGUUCUUGCUAAAAUAAAAUAAAAAAGAUAACUGAAAAUUAGUCUAUAUUGUCCAAAUUACGCGAAAUCGAAUUGUAAAUACCGAAGCACAUAAUUGUAAAUUAAACUGUUGAAUCUCGUUUGUAAAGUUAUUGAAACUAAAGCGCAUGCAUUUACCACAUAGAAUGUGUACAUAUGCACAAAUUCGCUUGCUUUGUAAAGUUUGUUUUGUAUUUUUAUAGAUACGUUGCAGUAAGAUAAUAGCGGUAAAUGCACACGAAUUGUAUAAAAUCUAAGAUAUAAAGUUCACAUUAUUUAUAGGAAUACUCGUAUGAAAUGAAUAACGAAUGGGUCCAUAAGUCAAAUGGAAAGUCGAAUUAUCAUUCUCAAUAAGUUGCUCAAUUUGCUUCGCAAAGUGAUUUACCGAUUUAUCAUUCUCUAUUUUCAUAUGUGUACAACUAAAUAAGUGUAUUGUAGGCAUAAGCUAAACAACACAAUAAUGCAAACAACAAAAUUUCAAAUAGAAACAUAAACCUUAACGAUAACAAUAAAUAACACCAAUUCAGUGAUUGGAAACACAGUGCUUGAAAGCCGAAAGAAUAAAAGCUUAGUGUCAAUUGUCUUUCAAUUAUUUAGAAAUGUGCACAAUAACUAAUGCAGAUCUAUAGCUGCUUAUACCUAAUUAUAGUUAGAAUUACGAGUAGACAUAACUGCACCACACGAACUUUUAUUUACAAUUCCAGUGUAUUUGGAAUGGCCUAAUUUAAAUACAAUAAUUAAGCGAGUCGGAGUUCGGCCAAAUGCAUCUUGUUAUGCGAGCGCCAGGAAGAAUGAUCCUAAUGUCAAUUUCAAAGUAAAACUUAACUGUAGUUGUGUAAUAUACAUGGCAAUUAGGCAUAAUUACUCCAUAUUAAUGUAUUAUUAACAUCUAAGCUAGGCUAAAACAUUAUCCACGUGCAAUUCGAGUCACUUUGGCCAGCCAAAAGCCAAUUACUUUGUGAAUUCAGCAAAUUAUGCAGGACAUACGAGGGCAUACAUACAUAUGUAAUAAAUGCACUUUAAAGGGCUAAUCGCCACAUCCCAAAAAUCCACCAAAAAACACACUGGCUGGCAAAACACACAUAUCUGAACUUGAUUACGCCAGAGAAGCGCAGCAUUGUAUAAAAGUUGAACGAAGCAAUUUGAAAAACGUGAUUUAGAUUUUUUCUCACAAAACAAAAAGAGAUUCAAAUGUGAUUUUGCUAUACUAACAAACAGUGGGGGAAAACGAGAGCAAACAGAAAAAAAAAUCAAAUUUAACAAAAUGAAAUGAAAUGAAUUGUAUACAUAUGUACUGUGUUAAAUUCCACGGCUUUUGUUGAUGGUUUUGGAAUUUCGUUAGCGUAUUUGUAGCACGCGAAAUGUGUAGUUUACUCGUAGGUAACUUAGCGUAGCAUACUUAUGUGGGCUGCCGCUGUCAACGAUUUUGACUCGACUCAUGCCGCCAGAGCCUUACUCUAUCUUGCUGUUUCUGCAUUUUAAAUUGCAAUUGAUAUUGAACUUGAAAUUGAUAUGGAAAUGUUUAUUUACUAUUCGUUUAACUGACUAAAUGUGUAAAUGGAGUCCAAGUAAAAGCCACCGCCUCUAUUUCUAAAUAAACUUAGUGAGAAUUGUGAACAAAUUGUGUCUAUAUCUAUACAUAGUGCAUAUACAUACCGACAACAACUAUACAUAAUUACGACAACUAAACCAAAACCGAACUAUAUGUAUGUGACUGUAUGUAACGUAUUACGAAUCUACGAUAGGGUAUACAAGAUCGGGCCGUAAAUGCCGCAUAUGAAUGUAUUAUUCAAGAUAGUUAUAUACAGCAUAUACACAGAUAUUAUACAUACUUAUAUACCAGCGCAUGAAUAACUAUUGAACCUAUAUACAUACGUGUAGAUAUAUACAACAUAAUACUAAUACGCUAAUCCUUUUGGACAACUUUUUCAAUGUUGCUACUACGUACGAGGUACUACGUAAACCAAUGAACAAUGCAUAGCUACGAUGACAAAGUGCAACAAUUAAUAAAUUAAUAAAUAGUAGGCAAAUUGUAAAUUGUGGUGCAACCUGGUCGAGUAUAAAGCCAAAACAAAAAUGAACCCUAAUAGCAGCCGUUGCAGAUCCACUUCCAGGGGGUCGAAACACAAUCGUUUUCACCGGAAAACUCUGCCCGAACCCUUGAUAUGAUUUCUAUUAGCAAGCUUUUGGACUCAUUCCUGCCGGCACCACUUUGAGUUACCAAAACUACCCACCAGCUACUCUACCAGAACUAUACAAGCCCCUUUCCAAGCAGAUGUAUAGAUAUUUAGAUAUAUCAUGUGUCUCACCAACGAUGCCAUCACUAUAAGAGAAGCUCUUCUAAACGCUGACUGCAGAAUACCACCAUGUUAAAAACAACUAAAAAAAACUAAACCGAAAAACCAAAAAAACCAAAAACUAAACAUAAAAGUACAGAUAGAAGGCAAAUCCUAACUAACACGAGAAUAUUUUAAAGGGAGCAUUGGGCGAAAGAUAAACCAUAAUCUAUCUUUGUGGCCAACUUUCGGCCGACUUUGCGGGGUCGCUCAUCAGAAUCGUACUUACAAUUAGAGUGUAUACAAGCAUAAAUCGAGUAAAUUGAAUAGCGUAUAAAGUAUAUUUUAUUAGUAGCAAAAUUUAAAUGGUAAAUAACAGUAACAGUAACAGUAAACGUAACAGGAUAACAGAAACAGUAAGGAUGGAGUAAAUGUUAAAAAUAAAUACUAAUUAUUAAAGCUAGAUGUAAGUGUCUAUCGAAGAACAUUGCAAACUAACACGAGAAAUUGCAAUUCAACCAACAAAAUGUUGUUAAGUUUUCCGCUUUAUGUGUCAAAUUAGCUAAAGAUUGUAAUUAACAUAAAAUGCUUAACGAAUAAUACAAGAAAGUUAUGGUAACCGAAAUACUAAAAGGCUAACGCAUUUUUGAACUGUUGGCGCAUGAUUUUAAUUGUAAAGAAAUAAUUUAGUUAUACAACAUUCGCUUAAAGGAGAACUUUUAUUUCACUUUUAAUAAACUAAGCAUUAAAACAAUGGAGAACCCCAUCCGUAAACCAAAGAGAAAACUUUAAAAGACAAAUGCAAGUCAAGCAGACCCGUUUAAAUACAUUUCUAAAUGUAAUUCCAAAUGCAUAUAGGCUAAUUGGGGAUUCAAGGAAUCUGAACAAGGUACUGCCGGUACCCCAACAACAAUAACUAACAGAGAAAUGAAAUAUUAUGAAAAUCUAUGCAGACAAAUAUUGUAACAGCAACCGAAAAACCAAAUUCAAACGCGACAAAAGUAAAUAAAAAUAAAAUAUUAAAUUAAAAAAAA